CCUCCAAUCAGUUCCUCACCAACUUCCGGUUUCGCCUCGCUGACUUUUUAAAAGUUGAGACAUUCUGGACUGGAGAGAGUGACUCAAAGCCGGAGAGUCAUGUGGGAAACAAACAGCUUUUCGUAAAACUAUCUUCGCUGCUCCUCGUUUGAAAUGAUUUUCUCUAGUCAGACCCGUGUUUCUACUUCUGUUUAAACAGCAACAACUCUCCGCAGAAGCCUCCAUCAUGCCCGACUUGUCGAAGAUGAAGAAGCCCGACGUGAAGGUGGUUCUCCUGGGCGACAUGAACGUGGGGAAGACGUCGCUGCUCCACAGAUACAUGGAGAGGAAGUUUAAAGACACUGUCAGCACAGUCGGAGGGGCGUUUUUCCUCAAACAGUGGGGGCCUUACAACAUCUCAAUCUGGGACACAGCUGGUCGGGAACAGUUCCACGGUUUGGGCUCCAUGUACUGUCGUGGAGCGGCCGCCGUCAUCCUCACCUACGACGUGACCAACUGGCAGAGCCUUGCUGAGAUCGAGGAGCGCUUCCUGUCUCUGACUGACACUGCUAACCAUGACUGCAUCUACGCUUUAGUUGGCAACAAGGCAGACCUCACUGAUCCUAAAGUCCACCUGUCCCAGGAUGCAGAUGGACAGACUAAGGAUCCAACUGGCGGUGACGAGGAGAGGACAGAACCUCAGGUGUUGUCUGCUGUCCCCACUCCUCCGGCCUCCCCCACCUCCUUCUCCGGCUUGGUGCUUCACAAACAGGUGACGCGCGACGACGCUUUGUCUCUUUACGAGAGAAUACUGAGGUACAAAGGUCUGGACGAAAAGAGCAGCCUCCCAGCUGAUAAGAUGUGCUUCGAGACGAGCGCGAAGACCGGCUACAACGUAGACGUUCUGUUUGAGACGCUGUUUGAUCUGGUGCUACCGUCCAUCCUGAGGAAGAGGCACGAGAACCGGGAGUCUCCAACGGUGGAUUUGGAGGACAGUGGAGGGGUUGGCAGCAAGCGGGCCAGGUCCUCCUGCUGUUAGGAAGCAAAACAGGAGGAAAGAAAACAAAUUUUUAACAAUCAGCACGCUGGUCUGGUCGGAGCACCACAUGCACACUGAUGGUACCGAAGUUUAUCUCCACUGACUCCACAGGAAAUACACAAUAACUCCUCAAAACUGUGAAAAAUGAGCAAAAAAGAGCAACCACGGGUGGCGUUUUGCGAAAUGAAGACAUUUCUUUGUGAGGAAGGGAAAUGAUGUGUUUUCUAAAACCUUCCACUCUGACUGAAACUGCACUUAAGUGUCCCAAAGACGUCUGCAAACAGAAAACCUAAAUCACUGCUGUUUGGCUCCUUUAAUUUCACUAAUUUAUUUGCACUAAUCACUAGUUGAUGACACUUUUUCCUCUUUCUUAGAAAUUUAAUCACAGACCACCUUAUUUGCACCAAAUUGCUUUAUUUCUUUGUGUUGAUACUGAUCUUUAUAUUUUAUUGAAAAGUUGAGUGAAUGAGUGUAAAAUAUUCUUGUUGAACUUUUUUAAAAAUACUGUCACAAUAAAGAUUUAUUAUUUUG